UACGAUCCACUAUCCUCUUGCUUCUGCUCCCAGACUCCAAAAUUCCAUUUGUUUCAGUCCACAAUAACAAAAUGAGGGUUUGUUGCUCCGCCGUGGUGUUUGAACAACUCUUCAUAUCAUGCACAAGAAAUUUUUAUUUUAAAUCAACCAACAGGCAAACUGACCAUUCCCUGCUUGUAUUUUUACAUGUCUAAUACAUGUAUUAUGACAAAAUCAUGCAAAAACAGUGAUCAAAAUGUGACAAAGCCAUAACGAAUUGGUUACCAAUACAGGGUUCGAGCAGUAAAAGUGGCUAAUCCAGCACGAUAUCACUAUCACUGCUUUAAUUAUAAGAGAUCAUGCAUGAUGGCCAAGAAAAGCACAUUACAUAAAGGAACUAAGUAGUAAGCACUAUACCAAUUCAGACAGUCCGCUAUCAGAUUUUUCAUAUCCUGUAAUUCAUGUUCCAUUAUUUUUAUGAUGAUGUUGUUUGUUAUUGUUAUCAUUAUUCUUACUUCAAUUUUUUUCUCCUAUGAAAUGUUUCUUGCUGGUACUGAGAAAUUAGCAACGAUGAAAUGGACCAUGUCAGAUGAAAAACCCAAGAGUUAUGCAGAAAGCACAAGAAGAAGUGCAACACUUGUUCCGUAGUCAAGGUGAUGUUAAUGAAGAUGGACUUCACGAAUUGAAGUACCUGGACUCAGUUAUCGAAGAAAGCCUGAGAAUGCACCCACCAUUUCCUUUACUCCUUCCAAGAGAAGGCACAGUGAGGCUUCAAAUUGAUUACUAUGAUAUUCCAGAGAAAGCUAGAACCACCAUCAAUGCUUCGACUAUCGGAAGGGAUCCUCGUCACAGGAAAGAACACGGAGAAAUUCUACCCUGAAAGGUGUCUUCAGUCUACUACAAAGGGACUGAUUUCAAGUUCAACCCACUCAAUGCUGGAAGGAGAGUCCUGGACUGUCAUUGGUGGUGGCUAUUGUGAAACUUAUGCUCCGUCAUUUUCUCUACCAUUUCGAAUGGAAGAUACAUGCCAGAUUGAAGCAUGAAGAUUUGGACAUGGCAGAAAUUUUGGGUGCCGCAGUAAGAAGAAAAUCCACUUAUCCUUGAUUCCCGUUGCAAAGGUUCCUGCAUGUAUUGUAUAGGUUAGGAGAACAGUACAAAAUCUGGAGCUUAAGGAUGAAAGGUGAAUAUUGGCUGCUUCAAGAAGAUCACAUGGCUCUUCUAAUUCAACUAUCAAUCUAGGACUUGGAGUGGUUUAUAGUUAUUUAUAAUGCAUGUAUACUGACAGAAGAUAGUGUCCCACCAAAUUACAGAGGACAAAUCAUUUGCCAAGGCAACCCCUCAAGAUUUAAGACAUCAAGAAAAAUGAUGCACUCGCCGCUCACUGGAAAUCAUGUGCCUUUGUCCUUAUGAGACCGAAGCUAUGAGAGAUAAAGAGCUUGAUGAACUCCACAAACUAAAAGGACAGCCAAUCUAUAAGGACAACAAGGACUCACCGGAAAUGAGAAAAAAGGAAGAAAUUUUUCCCGACAGAACCUUGUGAAGGCUGGUGGUGCUGCCAUUUACAUUAAAAGCUGUAGGGCAUG